UUUUCUGCUGUUGCUAUGAGCAAGAUGGGGAGGGAUGUUACCGGGUUAAGGAUUGACAAGAAGCCCGAUAAUGCCCCAAAGUCAAAUGGUAUUGACCAUAUGUCUGUUUAUGUUGCUCCAAAGAUUGCAGUUGAAAGAGAUCCCUCUGAGGUGGAGGACCACAGUGCAAAAGGCACAGUUGUUGAAGAUGGUCAUGAAAAGCAAGAUGUUCUUGGUGUUAAGAGCAUUAACUUCAACCCUGGUUUGCCAGAGGUGAAAACACAGAAAGCUGAGUCUUUAAAGGCUCUUGAGAAGAAGUUAAGCUCACCUAUUAAGCUGACAUCAGUUUCUGCAGCUAGAGGAACUUUACAGACAAGUCCCCCUGCUCCACACUCACCUAGUCUUGCAAAUGAGAAGCAGAAUUAUAGUGCAAGUGAUGCUGAUGGAGCUGGAAGCACUAAUACAGGUAUAAAUGGUGCUGUUGAGACUAAUGAUUCACAUUCGCCGAUGACUACACAGAAAUCUGAGUUAACAUCUCCUUUGGCAUCAACAAAAAUUGUGGAUACUGAUAACCAGAAAUAUCAUGCUGAAGAUGAUAAUUUAUCCCUGGCAUCUUCUGCUGCAACUUCCAUACGGACAAUCAGAUCUAAGAUCACUGUUGCAUCUGCUCCAACAUUUAGAUGUGUUGAACGUCUUGAGAGACGCAAGGAGUUUUACACGAAGUUAGACGAAAAACACAAAGCUUUAGAGGCAGAGAAGGCUGAAUAUGCUGCUAGAACUAAAGAAGAAGCGGAAGCAGCCAUUAAGCAGCUCAGGAAGAGCAUGGUUGUCAAAGCAAAUCCAGUUCCUAGCUUUUAUCGUGAAGGACCACCUCCAAAGGUUGAACUGAAAAAGUUGCCAGUAACUCGUGCCAAAUCUCCAAACCUAAGUCGGAGAAAGAGCUGCAGUGAUGCUGCUAAGUCAUGUAAGUCAUCCACAGAUGAAAAGGGGGCUUGUGCUCGGACAAAACGUCAUAGCUUUGGGGUUUGCAAAGAAGGCAGUACUACACCUACUACCCCCAAAAACAAGGAUGUGAUUGGUGGCCGGAAUGUAGCUGCUGGAAUAAACAGAGGAGGCAGUUCUACCUCUACCAAAUAUAAGAACAUGCAGAGCCGGCAAAGUCUUAAUGGUGCCAACAGAAUCAAGGAUCAAGCAAAACAGGUUAAACAAACAUCUAAAACUUCUGAUGUGGUGCAACAGAAUAAUACAGAUAUUUCCGUUGUAGAAGAAAUGACAAAGGUACCCGAUCAUAUUGCUGAUAUUACUGUGGUUGAGGAGACAACAAAAACUUCUUAUUCUGUGCCAGGCCAGAUGAGCGCAGACAACGCUAUUGUGGAAGAUGCAAGAAAAGAUUCACAUAUUCAGAAGGUGGCUUCAGAUAUUGCUGUGGAAACAUGAACGAUUUGCCCUUUUUUGUUUUUCCUUUUCACUUUGAAGCUAAAAGGGUCCUGAAUUUCCUUAAUUGCCAAAGAAGUAUUGGCAUGGUGAGACAGUCAUUACCUUUCUUGACUGCGAUGACUUGGUGAAUUGUUGUUUAAACUUUUGAGUUGUAUAUUCGUGUAAUUUAUAUUGCUGUAAACAUUAUAUAGAAGAAACCUCCCCGGAAACGUUUUGUUAAUAUCAUCUUGUUGUGGUCUAGUUGCUUACUUUCUGGUUCUCAUAUGCACGAUAUCGAAGGCUGUGGGGGAUUGAAAUC